UGAAACUAGAAAAAAAACGAGAUUACGGCGUGCAGAUUAUACAAAUAACUGUAAAAGGACUUACUGCUUAAACGUCUUUCAUUUGAAUAUUAUUUUGACUCACACCAUGAACAUCACAACCAGUUUAAUUCGUCCAUGGAAAAGCAUUAGCAGUUUACCUUGAGAUCGCCUCGCGCCCCGCUUUUUUGAGCCCUAGCAUGCACAAAUUCUUGGCAUAUUAAUUUAGUGUGUAGGUUCCAACACAAUUCCUAGUUUACAAACAUAAAAGUUGGUGAAGAUGGCUAAUCUAUGUUCCCUAAUAGUCGGUUUACGUUUUUAAAAAAUUAAGUAUUCAGUUCUGUCCCCCCUCCCCGCCCCCCGAAAAGCAAAACAAAACGUUUAAGUUUCUUAACUUUUUCCUGGGACGAGGAGCGGAGCAAACUCAAAGAUACAGUAUUCUUGGAAUGAAGAAGCAGCCCCCUCCCUUGGCUCCUUUUAGAGCUGAUAGGUCAUUUAUUAUUGGAACUGAAAUGGUAUAAACAAUUCUCUCGCUCUUUUUCCCCUUGUUAACAGCAACUUUCAUUGUUAGAGAGAGGAGAGAGAGAGAAGCCUUGUUGGUUGACGUCACUUGGUUCAUGAAGCCUUCGCCUAGAAGUGAAGCUGCUGAACAAACCUUGAGAAGAAUCAUCUCCUGCUUCAAUCUGCUGCUGGAUAGGAACUAAUCAGAGAGAGAGCGGCGGAAGACGGGGACGGAGGGAGCCAGGGCUUUCGCGAUCACGGAUCUCACCUCCACUCCAACUCCCUAGACUUUCUUGCAGAAAUUAUCAGAGAAAUAAGGAGGCGGUGGGGAUUCCGAAAAGCUUAACCCGCACCCGGGAAGGGCGAAAAUCCCUUCCCCCGCAACUCAGUUCGAAAGUGAAGGUUUCCCAACAGUGAUGUCACAAGAUUGACCACACUGACACAAUAUGGAGUCUGGAGAACGGUUGCCAUCCUCACCAGCCUCCUCCACUACACCGACGUCGUCUUCUGCUCCUUCUGUGGCUUCAGCAGUUUCAAAGAGCAGCCUUUCCACGGGAGCUGCUUCACUUAGCUCUACAGCCAGCCCAUGUGUUCUUGAAGCUGGGAAGUCCAAGAUCAAGAUAUCGCCUGACUCAGUGUCUGGACAUUUAUUCAGAGCAGCUGGGGAUCAGCCGUUUAACCUGUCCACAGUGCCGAGUGCCUUCCCAAUGGUCAGCCACCCAGGCUUUGGUCUACAUUCAGCCAGCUCAGGGCAUUCAGAAUUUGGUGGUUUGGGGACACUUGGUACACCCACAGCCUUAGCUGCACAUCCCCAGCUAACAUCUUUUCCAGAGUGGUGGCGAACCACAGAUGGUCACUCUCGUGCAGGAGCGCCCUUCUUUCCCCCAUUACUGGGAAUUCCACCACUGUUUGCUCCUCCAGCCCAGAAUCACGAUUCGUCAUUCCAUUCAAGGACUUCUGGGAAGAGUAGUCGAAAUGGCCUUGAAAAAGGUAUGAAUGGGUCAGUCAAUGGAAACAGUGCAGCAUCUGUACUCGGUGUCAGUACAUCUGUACUAUCCACUCCUGCUUCAAGUUCCAUGGGACAGAAUCAAAGCACAAGCUCAGGUGGAGGAAACCCAAAAUGUCAUCAGGAACAAAACAAAAGCCAGCCUGUGGACACCAGAGCCGACAAAAUCAAAGAUAAGAAACCAAGGAAAAAGGCUAUGGAAAGUUCUAGCAACAGUGAUAGUGACUCAGGCACAUCGUCAGACACCUCAAGUGAAGGCAUUAGCAGCAGCGAUUCAGAUGAUCUGGAAGAGGAAGAAGAAGAAGAUCAAAGUAUUGAGGAGAGUGAAGAUGAUGAUUCUGACUCAGAGACUGAAGCACAACACAAAAGUAACAACCAGGUGCUAUUACAUGGUAUUUCAGACCCAAAAACAGAUGGACAGAAAGCAACUGAAAAAGCCCAGGAAAGAAGAACACACCAGCCAUUACCUCCUGUGUCUGAGUCCCAGACGCACCCAUCAUUCCAGUCCCAGCAGAAGCAGCCUCAGGUUCUGUCACAGCAGCUUCCAUUUAUUUUCCAAAGCUCUCAGGCAAAGGAGGAGUCUGUGACCAAACACACCAGUGUAAUACAGUCGACGGGAUUGGUGUCCAAUGUGAAACCUUUGUCUUUGGUAAAUCAAGCCAAAAAGGAAACUUACAGGAAACUCGUAGUUCCUUCUCCUGAUGUACUUAAAGCAGGGAAUAAAAAUACCUCUGAAGAAUCUAGUUCUUUGACCAGUGAAUUGCGAUCUAAACGGGAACAAUAUAAGCAGACAUUCCCAUCACAAGUAAAGAAACAGGAGCCGGGGAAGAGCCUGAAGAAGGUUAUUGCAGCUUUGUCAAAUACGAAAGCAACCUCUAGUUCACCAGCACAUCCAAAACUACCACUAGAUAACAACCACCCUAAUCCAUUUUUGACAAAUGCACUUUUAGGGAAUCACCAACCAAAUGGAGUCAUUCAGAGUGUCAUUCAAGAAGCUCCCUUAGCACUGACGACCAAAACGAAAAUGCAGAGUAAGAUUAAUGAAAAUAUCUCAAGCAGCACCCCGUUCUCCUCCCCUGUCAAUCUGAGCACGAGUGGGAGGAGAACCCCCAGCAGUCAGACUCCAGCGCUGCCUUCUGCCUCGCCCAUCCUGCACAGUAGCGGGAAGGAGAAGCGGGUCAGCAGUGAUGCAGCCCCGCUGAAAGCACACCAUCACCCCCAUCCGACGGCGUCCUUGGUGGAACAGUUUCGAGGAACAGAUUCAGACAUUCCCAGUAGUAAAGACUCUGAGGAUUCGAAUGAGGAUGAGGAGGAAGAUGAUGAGGAAGAAGAUGAAGAGGAUGAUGAAGACGAUGAGUCUGAUGACAGUCAAUCAGAAUCAGAUAGUAAUUCAGAAUCAGAUUCAGAAGGCUCAGAAGACGACGAUGAGAAAGACCAGGAGGAAUCAGAUAGUGACACUGAAGGCGAGAAACCUGCCGCGAACCUGACUCAGACAAGCUCCUCUGCCAAAAGCCCUCCCUCCAGUCUCACAGCGCACUCAGCACCUCACAACCUCCACAUAGGAAGCCCCCCAGGCUCUGCUCCUGCUGCCCUGUGCUCUGAGUCCCAGCCUCCUGCUUUUCUUGGCACUUCUUCUUCCACACUCACUUCAAGUCCACACUCUGGUACAUCCAAACGAAGAAGAGUGGCGGAGGAGCAGGAGCUGCGGAUCCCUCUGGACUACGGCUGGCAGAGAGAGACAAGGGUGAGAAACUUUGGUGGGCGCCUUCCAGGAGAAGUUGCAUACUAUGCUCCGUGUGGGAAGAAGCUUAGGCAGUGCCCUGACAUGAUAAAGGGAAUGCAGUGGUGUCUUUUGAAAGAAGAGGAUGUCAUUCCUCGUAUCAGGGCAAUCGACGGCCGAAGAGGAAGACCAGCCAAUCCAGAUAGACCCAGAGCAAGAGAGGAAUCCAGGAUGAAACGCCGGAAGGGUCGCCCUCCCAAUGUCGGAAGUGCGGAAUUCCUAGAUAACACAGAUGCAAAAUUACUAAGGAAACUGCAGGCUCAAGAAAUAGCCAGACAAGCAGCACAAAUAAAACUUUUGAGAAAACUUCAAAAGCAGGAACAAGCACGGGUUGCCAAAGAAGCUAAAAAACAACAAGCAAUAAUGGCUGCUGAAGAAAAGCGGAAGCAGAAAGAACAGAUGAAGAUUAUGAAGCAGCAGGAAAAAAUUAAGAGAAUACAGCAGAUCAGAAUGGAAAAAGAACUCCGAGCUCAGCAGAUUCUUGAGGCUAAAAAGAAAAAGAAGGAAGAAGCGGCAAAUGCCAAAUUAUUGGAGGCCGAGAAACGAACCAAGGAAAAAGAACUGAGAAGACAGCAGGCUGUCCUUCUGAAACAUCAGGAGUUGGAGAGGCAUAGACUAGAUAUGGUAUGGGAGCGGGAGCGAAGGCGACAGCAUAUGAUGCUUAUGAAAGCUAUGGAGGCCCGGAAGAAGGCAGAAGAAAAAGAACGAUUGAAGCAAGAGAAACGUGAUGAGAAAAGAUUGAAUAAGGAACGCAAACUAGAGCAGCGGAGAUUGGAGUUAGAAAUGGCGAAGGAGCUAAAGAAACCUAAGGAAGACAUGUGCUUAGCAGACCAAAAGCCCUUGCCAGAGUGGCCUCGCAUCCCGGGACUUGUGCUCUCUGGAACCACAUUUUCAGACUGUCUCAUGGUGGUGCAGUUCUUACGAAACUUUGGUAAAGUUUUGGGCUUUGAUGUGAAUGUUGAUGUUCCCAACCUCAGUGUUCUUCAAGAGGGAUUGCUAAAUAUAGGGGACAGCAUGGGUGAAGUACAAGACUUGCUUGUGAGGCUCCUCUCAGCUGCUGUAUGUGAUCCAGGUCUAAUUACAGGAUACAAGGCAAAAACAGCUCUGGGAGAACACUUGCUGAAUGUUGGUGUGAAUCGAGACAAUGUGUCCGAGGUUUUGCAGAUUUUCAUGGAAGCCCACUGUGGACAGACAGAGUUGACUGAGAGCCUCAAGACUAAAGCCUUCCAGGCUCACACUCCAGCACAGAAGGCUUCCAUCCUGGCCUUCCUCAUUAAUGAGCUGGCGUGCAGCAAGAGUGUGGUGAGUGAGAUUGACAAGAACAUUGAGUACAUGUCCAACUUGAGAAGAGAUAAAUGGAUGGUGGAAGGAAAACUCCGCAAGCUUAGGAUAAUACAUGCCAAGAAGACAGGCAAGAGAGAUGCUUCAGGAGGCAUUGAUCUCGGGGAAGAGCAACAUCCCUUGGGCACGCCCAAUCCAGGACGCAAGCGGAGAAGGAAGGGAGGUGACAGUGAUUAUGAUGACGAUGACGAUGAUGACAGCGAUGACCAAGCUGAUGAGGAUGAGGAAGAUGAUGAAGAUAAAGAUGACAAAAAAGGGAAGAAGACCGAUAUCUGUGAAGAUGAGGAUGAAGGUGACCAAACAGCCAGUGUUGAGGAACUAGAAAAGCAGAUUGAAAAACUGAGCAAACAACAGAGCCAGUACAGACGAAAGCUCUUUGAUGCUUCUCACUCACUACGCUCCAUGAUGUUUGGUCAGGAUCGUUACCGACGCAGAUACUGGAUUCUUCCUCAGUGUGGAGGGAUUUUUGUAGAAGGCAUGGAAAGUGGUGAAGGCCUAGAAGAAAUUGCAAAAGAAAAAGAAAAGCUUAAAAAGGCAGAGAGUCUCCAGAUCAAAGAAGAAGUAUUCGAGACUUCUGCGGAUACUUUAAACUGUUCCACUAGAGAUCACUGUGAGCAGAAAGAUGACCCAAAAGAGAAAGAUAACACAAAUCUGUUUCUUCAGAAACCUGGCUCUUUCUCCAAGUUAAGCAAGCUUUUGGAGGUAGCUAAAAUGCCUCCUGAGUCAGAUGUUAUGAGCCCCCCAAAAGUGAAUGUUAGUACAAACGGGGGUCCACUGUCUCAUCAGAACAGCGGGAGGCAUCCACUGGGGAGCAUUCCCUCAGCGGCAGCACAGAGCCCCGUGGGAAAGACAGACACCAGUCUGUUUAGCUCAGGCUCUGGUAGUUGUGGGAAGUUCUACAGCCCUCUCCCCAAUGACCAGCUGUUAAAAACACUGACUGAAAAGAACAGGCAGUGGUUUAGCCUUUUGCCAAAAACACCUUGUGAUGAUACGUCCCUGACCCAUGCUGAUCUGUCCGCCACUUCGGUGACUCCUCAGUCUCAGCCACCAUCUAAGUCGUCUUCACCGGCUCCAGCUACGCUGCUCGGACCCUCUUCUGUUCAGAGCCCCACUGGACUGAACCCAUUUGCUCUGUCACCUCUUCAGGUGAAAAGUGGUGUGUCUAUGAUGGGACUUCAGUUCUGUGGGUGGCCUGCUGGUGUUCUCACUUCCAGUGUCCCAUUUACAUCACCCUUGUCUGGUCUCAGCUCAGGGUUGGGACUGCCAGAAGGAAAUAGUAGUUCAUUCUUGACUUCCAGUGUUGCUUCAAGUAAAAGUGACUCUCCAGUCCCUCCAGCUGAAAAGGCCUCCAUAGCUCAGCCAGCAGCUGUUGAAGUAGCAAAACCAGUAGAUUUUCCUAGUCCAAAACCUAUCCCAGAAGAAAUGCAGUUUGGUUGGUGGAGAAUCAUUGACCCCGAGGACCUGAAGACAUUGCUCAAAGUGCUGCAUCUCCGAGGGAUACGGGAAAAGGCAUUGCAAAAGCAAAUACAGAAGCACUUGGAUUAUAUUACCCAAGCCUGUGUCAAGAAUAAGGACGUUGCUAUUAUUGAAUUAAACGAAAAUGAAGAAAAUCAGGUAACCCGCGAUAUAGUGGAGAACUGGUCAGUAGAAGAGCAAGCGAUGGAGCUGGACCUGAGCAUUCUCCAGCAGGUAGAGGACCUGGAGCGGAGGGUCGCAUCAGCAAGUUUGCAAGUGAAGGGUUGGAUGUGUCCAGAGCCUGCGUCAGAAAGGGAGGACUUGGUAUAUUUUGAACAUAAGUCAUUUACUAAGUUGUUCAAGGAGCAUGAUGGAGAACUUACUGGUGACGAAGAAAACAGUGCGCAUGCACUGGCCCGGAAGAGUGACAACCCCCUAGAUAUAGCUGUAACCAGGCUGGCUGAUUUGGAGCGGAACAUUGAGAGAAGGUAUCUGAAGAGCCCCUUAAGUACCACCAUUCAGAUCAAACUGGAUAAUGUGGGCACAGUUACUGUCCCUGCUCCUGCACCAUCCAUUAGUGGUGAUGGUGACGGAAUUGAAGAGGAUAUUGCUCCAGGGCUCAGGGUCUGGAGAAGGGCCUUAGCGGAGGCGCGGAGCGCUGCGCAGGUAGCCCUGUGCAUCCAGCAGUUACAGAGAUCAAUAGCAUGGGAAAAAUCAAUUAUGAAAGUUUACUGCCAGAUCUGCCGGAAGGGCGACAAUGAAGAACUGCUUCUACUCUGUGACGGCUGUGACAAAGGCUGCCAUACCUAUUGCCACCGGCCCAAGAUUACAACCAUUCCCGAUGGGGACUGGUUUUGUCCAGCUUGCAUCGCUAAGGCAAGCGGUCAGAGUAUGAAAAUCAAAAAAAUUCAUGUCAAAGGAAAAAAAACAAAUGAAUCCAAGAAAAGCAAGAAAGGAAUUGUCACUGGGGACACGGAAGAUGAAGAUUCUGCUUCCACAAGCAGCUCACUCAAAAGAGGAAGCAAAGAUCUCAAAAAGAGGAAGAUGGAGGAAAACACUUCCCUCAACCUGUCAAAAGCAGAAAGUGCCACUUCCGUUAAGAAACCCAAAAAAGAUGAGUCCAAGGACCUGGCCCUCUGCAGUUUGAUCCUGACUGAAAUGGAAGCACACGAGGACGCCUGGCCUUUCCUGCUUCCUGUGAACUUGAAACUUGUCCCCGGCUAUAAGAAGGUUAUUAAGAAGCCCAUGGAUUUUUCUACAAUUAGAGAAAAGCUAAAUAAUGGACAGUAUCCCAACUUUGAGACCUUUGCUCUAGACGUCAGGCUUGUUUUUGACAACUGUGAAACAUUUAAUGAAGAUGACUCGGACAUAGGCAGAGCUGGCCACAGUAUGCGCAAAUACUUUGAAAAAAAGUGGACAGAUACCUUCAAAGUGAGCUGAAGUUGUAAUCUCCUUUUUCUCUUUUUUUUUUUCCUUUGAACAAGGACAAACAAGACCAGCGAUGUGAACUGCAUUCACACAGAUGUGCAAGGCACAUACAUAUUAACUUUUUUCCUUAAAAUUGGUGUGUGUGUAUGUAUAUAUGUACAUACGUGUACAUGUGUACAUACACACACAUAUAUUUAAGAAGGAUGAGAAGAAUGACACCAGUCUUAGAGGCUUCACUCCUCCAGUCGAGACCCUUGGUCACUGGUUUGUGUGAUUCAUCAGCUAAUUUAGGUAGAACAGGGAAGCGCACCCAAAGAAUUUUCCAAGGAAAGGGUGUUCUAGUGCAAUAGCAAUGAGACUCUAUCAACUCGCACUGAAUAGCCAACACCAGAGCUCUAAGUGGGGGACGGGUCUCCUUUCCCUCUCAAUAAAUAUCUAUUUUUCAUUUUUUUACUUUGUAGUUUAUUUUUUAGUGAAUGUAUUUAAUUUUAUGAAUUAUUUAUGAUUAAACCACAUCCAGAAUCUUCGUUUUCUGUGAAAAGGAAGAACUAGAAAAUUGCUUUAAAUCUUGAAAAUACAACAAGGAAUGUUUUAAAAUAUAAAACAAAGCCAAGUUAACUGUUUACACUGAUGUGCUCUGAAAGCACCAAAAAUAAACUUUACUGUAGAGUCACAAGUACAUUUAUAUAUGAAUAUAUAUAUGUUGCGCGUCACUUGUGUAGUUACAUUGUAUUUCAAGCCAGUGAAAAUUGACGUGUAUAUAUUGUUCAUUAUUGUUUAUAUUGAGUCUUGUUUUAAUAUGUAUUAUGUGUAUAUAUUGUUUGGAGACAUUAUUGUUUAUGCCUUAGAAGGACUGUAGCAUUUUAUCUGAGUCUGAAGGUAAUUACAGCUAAGCAGCUUGUACAGUCAUUAUCCCCUGCCAACACUGUGGCGUCUCCCUAAUCUUGGUAGUGCCUGCCUUUGAAACAGGGUGUAGGGGAUAGUAGUUUUCCAUUUUUCUAUUUUGUUAUAUAAUUUUAAGCCACCAGGGCCUAAAUUAAAGUAUAAUCAUUUGUAUCCAUGUGAAAUAAAAUCGUGACGAUUUCCUACACACACAGUAUUUUUUCAUAGAAACACUUCCCUCCCAUCUGCCUUGCCUCAGAAAGAAAUUUAAAAGACAUUUGUAACCACUGUGUUUUAUCUACUGUGUGUUGUGGCCUGUCGGAGGCACAUAGAGCAGAGUUCUUUUGUACCUAUGUAAAAGUACUUGAAGUUUUAUUUAAAAUAAAAUGUUGUGGAAAAGGUA